AUGGGUGAGGGGAAAACAAGGGAGGGGCAGAGGGGUGGGCAGGGAGGGAAGAAACGUGGGGCAGGGAGGGGAGAAGCCAAAGACAGGGCAUGGGCAGGCGGGGGCAGGGAGGGAGCAGAGGAGAGGCACGGAGAAAGAAAGGGAGGCGCGGGGAGGGGAGAAACCGGGCGUGGGGGGGGGGCGGAAAACGAGGGGCAGGGCGGGGAGGAGGGAGGGGCAGGGAGGGGAGAAGCUGAGCACACAGAGGGGGGAAAGGUGGGGCAGGGAGGUAGGAAGCCAAGGGCAAGGGUGGGAGAGUGGGGGGGCAGGGAGAGGGGGGAGGUGGGGGGCGGAGAAAGGCGGCGAGGGGCAGGGUGCGGAUUGAGGAGGGGCAGGGAGUGGAGUGGGUCGGCGAGGGGAAGGAAGAGGCGUGCAGCAGAGGAGGGGAGGGGGGAGGAGAAGGUAAACGAGGGGAGCGCACGGGCGGGGAGGAGCGAAUGGCGGGCGGUGGGAAACGGCGAGGGGGGCAGGGAGGGUCAAAAGAGGCGGCAAGGGAGCGGGCACGCGGAGGGUAGGGGCGGGGGGAGCGGAUGGCAUGAGGGGGCAGGGGGGUGUGACUGUGAAGGGGGGGACCCGGGCAAGGGGUGUGUACCGGUCGGGGCACGGGUCCGCAUUGCCCAGGACCCGGAGGCUGCUGGCCCUACCUUCCUCCUCGCUGCAGCGCCGACUCUUUUCCUUGUUCCAGCGACGCCACCCGACCGCUCGCACACGGCUGCCAUUGCAACGCGCAUCUCUCGCUUUGGUCGAGAUGGCGAGGGUCUUCUUGGCAUCACAGCAGUUUGGGGUGGGGGUUACGUGCGGACAGAGGUCGUAGUUAGAGGCGUCCGCCGCGCUCUGGCUGACCACCCAGACUGGGUGGUCCUGCAGCUAGACGUGGCGAAUGCCUUUAACUCUUUCCACCGAGACAGGAUGUUUCAGGCGCUGCAGGCCAGUCCGGAGUUUUCAGUGUCUGAUCCCCUUCAUCGGCCUCUUCUACGGGACGCCCUCGGAUCUCCACUACAGGUCAGGCACGGGAGUGGUCACGAUGCACUCGGAGCGGGGCACUCGCCAGGGAGACCCUCUCAGCCCCUUCUUGUACGCUCUGACACAGCGUCUUGCUUUGGAGCCGGUUCUGGCGGAGGGGAUGUCCAGCUCUGGUCGUACGCCGAUGACACGUACGUGCUAGGUCCCCCAGACAGGGUGCUGCACCAUUUUGCCGAGAUCGUGAGGCGCUUGGGCGAGAUGGGCCUUGCAGCCCAGCCGCACAAGUGCCUCGUCUACCAGACAGAGUCCUUUCUGUCCAGGGAUCUGGAGGCUUUCACGGGCCUAGGGAUCGAGGUCGCACGCCGAGGGCUCACCGUGACAGGCGUACCGGUAGGCACCGUUUCGUUCGUGGAGCAGAGUCUCCCGGAUCGUCUCGAGAGGAUGGGGCGGGUGCUACCUUGGCUUCCGAGGUUGCGCCAGCCCCAGACAGCUGCCCGCCUUCUUUCGGCGUGUGUCAGCACUCGUCCGCAGUACCUGUCGAGGACCGUCCCUCCUUCGCCCGCAGUGAUCUCCAGUUUUACACGCUUCGCUUCAGGUGAGCCAGAGCAGAUCGACCGGGCUCUGCAGACGGCGCUAGAGGGUCUCCCUCCUGACGUUCUCUCUCUCCUUCCCCCCUGGCCCUCUUGCGCUUCUGCCUCCCCCGAUUCCCUUUUUGCAGGAGCGAGCCGGUCUUCUGGAGGCGCAUGCCUUGGAGGCCGUGCGUGCCCGUCACACCUCUCCCUUGCACCUUGCCCGUUUGACUUCCCUUCAGGGCGGAGGUGCAGGAGCGUGGUUGACGCGAUUGACGACAUGACGGUGCCUCAUCACGCGGUUCGGUGCCCGCGUUACGGGGUCGCCACUACCAUCCACGACACGGUGAAGUACAUGCUUCGAGACUUUGCGGUCGAGGCGGGCUUCGCGGUAAAGGUGGAGGACUAUACGCUGUUCACACAGUUGGAGGCGGCUCGAGCGAGACUACUGGGACAGCCAGUGGUGGGAGAGGGGACACGGGCUGAGGGACCGGGGGAGCGGAGAGGCGAGGCGGGACAGCCGGGUGGCGGGGGACAGUGGGGACGGCACCAGCUGCGGGGUCAGGUGGAGCGAGGGACAGGUGGGCAGAGGGGACGGCAGGGGGAGCAGACGGGCCAGGACGGGGAGGGGGGACGGCACAGGCAGCAGCAGGGAGAGCCAGUGGAGGCCGCGGGCCCAGGGCGCCGCGCCUCCAGGUUCGGCCUCGGGGGCGGGGCAGGGGCGGGAGCAGCAGAGAGCGGACGGAGGUACAGGAGGGCAGCGGGAUUGGGAGGGGAGGGCCAGGGAGUGAGAGAGGCAGCAGGGGAUGGAGCAGGGGGGUCGGGAGGUUUGGGGGAGGGUAGGGAGGGGGAGGGGAGAGGACAGGUGGAUGGAGGAGAGGAGAGGGGGAAGAGAGACGAUCGGAGAGGGGGCACCAAGGGACCAGACAGGGCAGCAGCCAGCGCAACAGCAGGGACCAGUCGGACGCACAGGCCGUCGGGAGGGAACGUGCAGCUGAGACGGGCGACCCCCACACAGAUUGGAGUUGCAGCAGCUAGGCGGGUGCAGGAGAAGCUGCGUCACUGGGGGCCGCACUUAGAGGGGCUGCAGCCGGCACCACACUUUUACGCGUGCGUGGCGGAGACCUUUGGCCUUCUGAGUGAGCCGCUGCGUCAUCACACCCCCUGCCCCCUCAUGCCAUCCGCUCCCCCCGCCCCUACCCUCCGCGUGCCCGCUCCCCUUGCCGCCUCUUUUGACACUCCCUGCCCCCCUCGCCGUUUCCCACGCCCGCAUUCGCUCCUCCCCGCCCGUGCGCUCCCCUCGUUUACCUUCUCCUCCCCCCUCCCCUCCUCUGCUGCACGCCUCUUCCUUCCCCUCGCCGACCCCACUCCACUCCCUGCCCCUCCUCAAUCCGCACCCUGCCCCUCGUAUCUCGCCCCCCUAUGCUUGGUUUCUCCCCCUCCCCUGCCCCCUCGCCGCCUUUCUCCGCCCCCCACCCUCCCCCCUCUCCCUGCCCCCCCCACCUCUCCCACCCUUGCCCUUGGCUUCCUACCUCCCUGCCCCACCUUUCCCCCCUCUGUGUGCUCAGCUUCUCCCCUCCCUGCCCCUCCCUCCUCCCCGCCCUGCCCCUCGUUUUCCGCCCCCCCACGCCGGUUUCUCCCCUCCCCGCGCCUCCCUUUCUUUCUCCGUGCCUCUCCUCUGCUCCCUCCCUGCCCCCGCUCUGCCCAUGCCCCUGUCUCUGGCUUCUCCCCUCCCUGCCCCACGUUUCUUCCCUCCCUGCCCACCCCCUCUGCCCCUCCCUUCCUCUUCCCUCCCUGCCCCUCCCUUCCUCCCCCCCUGCCCUUUGCUCUCCCCUCGUUACGCUCCCUUCUCCCCAUCCCUGCUGCCCUCUUACCACCAUCAGCCCAUCCCCACCACCAGCCCCCCUCCCACCCUUCUCUCCCCCCUCCCUUUCCCUCUCUCUCUUUCUCACACACACACACGCACACUCCCCUCCCCCACCCCCCCCACCCACAUCCUCCCAUUCUGCCCCUCCCUGCCCCUUUCCCACCCCCUCGCACGCCCCUCACCUCCCACCUCCGUGCAACUGGUUUCCCCCCCCCUAUGGUGCCUCCCUUGCAUCGCUCGCCCCCUCUGCUCACCCUCUUGCCCGCCCCUUUUCCGUGCCCUCAGCUGGCCCAGCCCCUGCCCGUUGCUGCCCCUACCCCUUGCCCCCCUCAACUCCCCUGCCCCCCCGUACACCCCAGUCCCAUCCAACCGCCCCCACCCUCCCCCGGCUGCCCGUUUCCGCUCUCCACCCCCGCGACCGUGUGCGGCUUCCAACCGCCCAACGGUGGUGCGCACGGGGCGUUUCUUCGCACGGGCAAGCCUCCCCGGGGGGCCCCCACCCCCGCUGGGUCGUUGUUCGGGCAAAAAAACGAAAAUGAAAACAUCGGACGCGCUGAAAUCGUCCUUUCUUUUUCCCGCUUGCCCCUCCCCCGGCACGUGCCGAGCAAGGGGCAUAAAUGGGUACAACACGAGGACUUCCCGGGAGGUCACCCAGCCCAGUACUGCUCUACGCUGUUCACACAGUUGGAGGCGGCUCGAGCGAGACUACUGGGACAGCCAGUGGUGGGAGAGGGGACACGGGCUGAGGGACCGGGGGAGCGGAGAGGCGUGGCGGGACAGCCGGGUGGCGGGGGACAGUGGGGACGGCACCAGCUGCGGGGUCAGGUGGAGCGAGGGACAGGUGGGCAGAGGGACGGCAGGGGGAGCAGACAGGCCAGGACAGGGAGGGGGGACGGCACAGGCAGCAGCAGGAGAGCCAGUGGAGGCCGCGGGCCCAGGGCGCCGCGCCUCCAGGUUCGGCCUUGGGGGCGGGGCAGGGGCGGGAGCAGCAGAGAGCGGACGGAGGUACAGGAGGGGCAGCGGGAUGGGAGGGGAGGGCCAGGGAGUGAGAGAGGCAGCAGGGGAUGGAGCAGGGGGGUUCGGGAGGUUUGGGGGAGGGUUAGAGAGGGGGAGGGGAGAGGACAGGUGGAUGGAGGAGAGGAGAGGGGCAGAGAGACGAUCGGAGAGGGGGCACCAAGGGACCAGACAGGGCAGCAGCCAGCGCAACAGCAGGGACCAGUCGGACGCACAGGCCGUGUAGGCACCGCCUCCCGCAUUCCAGACCCCACCUGCCGCGACGUGGCCAGGUCACACCCCCUGCCCCCUCAUGCCAUCCGCUCCCCCCGCCCCUACCCUCCGCGUGCCCGCUCCCUUGCCGCCUCUUUUGACCCUCCCUGCCCCCCUCGCCUGUUUCCCACCGCCCGCCAUUCGCUCCUCCCCCGCCCGUGCGCUCCCCUCGUUUACCUUCUCCUCCCCCCUCCCCUCCUCUCUGCUGCACGCCUCUUCCUUCCCCUCGCCGACCCACUCCACUCCCUGCCCCUCCUCAAUCCGCACCCUGCCCUCGUAUCUCGCCCCCCUAUGCUUGGUUUCUCCCCUCCCUGCCCCUCGCCGCCUUUCUCCGCCCCCCACCCUCCCCCCUCUCCCUGCCCCCCCCACUCUCCCACCCUUGCCCUGGCUUCCUACCUCCCUGCCCCACCUUUCCCCCCUCUGUGUGCUCAGCUUCUCCCCUCCCUGCCCCUCCCUCCUCCCGCCCUGCCCCUCGUUUUCCGCCCCCCACGCCCGGUUUCUCCCCUCCCCGCGCCUCCCUUUCUUUCUCCGUGCCUCUCCUCUGCUCCCUCCCUGCCCCCGCCUGCCCAUGCCCCUGUCUUUGGCUUCUCCCCUCCCUGCCCCACGUUUCUUCCCUCCCUGCCCACCCCCUCUGCCCCUCCCUUGUUUUCCCCUCACCCAUUGCUUCUCCCCUCCUGCCUUGAUUUCCCGCACCCCUGCCCUUGUUCUCCUACCAUCCAUGCCCCUCGUUUUCCCCCCCUUUGUACGUUCAGCCUCUUCCCUCCCUGCCCCUCCUUCCUCCCCCCCUGCCCUUUGCUCUCCCCUCGUUACGCUCCCUUCUCCCCAUCCCUGCUGCCCUCUUACCACCAUCAGCCCAUCCCCACACCAGCCCCCCUCCCACCCUUCUCUCCCCCCCUCCCUUUCCCUCUCUCUCUUUCUCACACACACACACGCACACUCCCUCCCCCACCCCCCCACCCACAUCCUCCCAUUCUGCCCCUCCCUGCCCCUUUCCCACCCCCCUCGCACGCCCCUCACCUCCCACCCUCCGUGCAACUGGUUUCCCCCCCCUAUGGUGCCUCCCUUGCAUCGCUCGCCCCUCUGCUCACCCUCUGCCCGCCCCUUUUCCGUGCCCUCAGCUGGCCCAGCCCCUGCCCGUUGCUGCCCCUCCCCUUGCCCACUCAACUCCCCUGCCCCCCGUACACCCCAGUCCCAUCCAACCGCCCCCACCCUCCCCGGCUGCCCGUUCCGCUCUCCACCCCCGCGACCGUGUGCGGCUUCCACCGCCCAACGGUGCAUUACGCCCUCUCCCCUUAUCCCCCACCACGCCCCCAAGCAGGCCUUUCUCCCCCAGCCUCCCGUCUCCCUGCCCUUAGUACCGCCGCGCUCUGCCCGUGCGUCACCCUUGCCCACUUCAUACCACCUCCCCCUUCUCCCCCCCCCCCGGCUUCUCCCUAUAUCACCCGCAUGUCCCCACUCCACUGUCCACAACGUCCCUCCACCCCCUUCCUGCUUUCCCCACUCCCACUCUGCCCCCCACACCUCUACGAGCCGUACUUCCCCCUCCAGCCUCCCUUUUCCCCCCAGCUACUUCCGCAUCCAGCGUCUACACCCUUGCUUUUGCUCCCUGGGCUGUGCCGUCCCCAACCUCCCUCCGCCGUUCCGCGGCACCAGACCGCCUCUCCCUCCCCAGCCAACUUUUGCACCCCUGUUCCGGCCCCUUGUGCCCUCCAACACCCUACCUCAACCCCCCCAGUCUCCCCCUUCUCCAACACCCUCCAUAUUUCCUCCCCCUGGGGCUCGCCCAUCCGCAGCUAUCACCCUUCAUCGAUUCCCCAAUUCCCUCUGUCCCCUGUUUCCGGGCCCCGCAUCCUAUCCUGCAUUUACCACAGCACCUCCUUUCGGUGCCCUCUCUGCCCUCCCACGUUCUACCCCACGCCUCCCAACCUUUCUCAUUACCCGCUACCAGGCUCACGCCAACUCGACUACCACUACCCUUUGCCCUCCUCUCUGUUCCCCACCUUUCCUUUUCCACCUGGCUCCACCUGCCCACCCCCACCUCCCGUGGAAUUCUGCCUGCCUCCCCCACCUUGGCCCACCACCUGUCCCCACACCCUGCUCACCCACCGCUACACCACCCCCGCCCCCCCACCUCCACUACAGCCCGCCAACACUUCCCCUCUCAAUCGGCCCCCAGCCCGCCCCCCCUUGGGCCCCAAUCCCCUCCAACUGUCAGGCCCCCUAUACCCUCUCUCCACCCACUGCGCACCGCUUUCCCCACCCUUUCCCCUUUCCCAAGCUAACCCCCGCACCCCGGCCUCUGCCAGGAGUUCCUUCCCCUUUGACGCCCUCUUGAGCCAACCCCAGCAACUCACACGCCACCGCCAGGCAUGCUGCCUCUGUAACAAUGCCCCAGCACCGCGAGUGGGGGAAAGGCAGGCCGGGAGCCCCUCGGCGAUCUGGAGGUACCGCAGCCGAGCCACCCAUACUCUCCCACUCCCCCACUUCAACAAGCCAGGGGGGAACUUGCAGCUGACACUGCACGGGAAGGGUAUAGUGAGUUUGUGUGUGAAGGAGCAGCAGAGGCUACAGAGGAUGGGCAGCAAAGGCUGCACGGGAGGGGCAAUGGGGGUUGUGGGGGAAGGGGCAGCAGAGGCUGCAGAGGAAAGGGCAGCAGAGGCUGCAAGGGAAGGGGCAGCAGCGGCUGCACGGGAAAGGGCGGCAGGGGCUGCACGGGAAGGGGCGGCAGGGACCGUGACUCUGGCCAGGCAAAGGGCAGAGGCCAUGGAGACAGGUUUUGCAGAGUAG